UCGUUAAUGAUCUUUAAAAUAUGAUUACUUAGAAAGAAAAUAAUAAAAUAAAACGACUCUAGUUAAAAUGAAAAAGCUAGUGGAACCAGAUAAGGUUAUUACUGGGUAGUAUUUUUUCGUAAAUACAAAUUUUAGUUCUCAAAUUAAGCAAAAUGAGUGAUUCGGAGCAACAUCUAUUUUUAAUUGAAUUUCUCGUCGAACGAGUAAAUAUUCCUUCGGUUCGAGCCAUGCAUGAUAAAAUGCUUCCAGUGACGACCUGCGUUUCAUUUCAAAUUUUGAGCCUCCCGCCAGUGAAUAUCGAACAAGAAUCAGAUUCAGAAGGCUGUGUAUGCAUAGGAGGAGACUCUCAAAUAUUCAAUAAAGGAAAAUCCUGCCUCUUUGCCCUGCCAACAAUAGUCUUGGAAAAACCUCUUUAUUCUUUCCCGAUAAUUAUGUCAGUCUACAAAAAAUUGCCUCCUGGUGUUUUGCCAGAUGUGAUGUUAAUAGGAACACAUCAAAUCCAGGCAAAGAAUCUGAUCAACGCAGUUCUUAGUAAUCGAGUCUUCAAAUCUAGAGCUUCCUCAAAAACCAGCAAAGAUACUUACAAAAUCACAACAGCAACUGGACAGGCAGUUGGCGAAGUGACAGUAUUUUUAAGAGUUUCUUGCUUCGGGAGAAAAAUUGUCACACAGUUUCAAAUUCCCCACAACAAGAAGCCUUUCCUCUUUAAAGGAGAAGAAAACAGUCCUGUAAUUCAGUGUAAAAAAAUUCCAUCUCAAACUGAAUGUAAGGACUCGAAUUUACCAAAAUGUAUGUGCAAACCUGAAAAUCGAGGCAGCUUUGGAGCUGGAGAAGCUCCUAGAAAUUGUUGCCUUGCUCCUCCAUCUUCUCCGGUAUCCAUAAAGUCUGUGAGACACAAAACACCUGAUGAAAAUUUGAGACCUUGCUGUCCAUCCUUAAGGAAUCCUGGAAAGAAUGAAUAUUCUGGAAAAUCUCCAAUGAUCGUGAGUGGAUCCUGCCCUCGUCUAAAACAAAAGCAAUAUCAACAAGCAAAUAAUUUUCAAGUGAAUGAAUCAACUGUUCGGAAAUGUGGUUCCACAGUCAAGAUGGAAAAACGCUGUGAUUGUAGUUGAAAGACAUAAAUCAAUUUUGUAGAUUAGAUAUUCUGAACUACUCAGCUUUCUUUGUUCAUAAUUCUCGAUCUUCAAUUGAAUGUAAAUUGAUCAAAAGCAUACCGUUUAUAUAUUGAAAUGUACGUUUUGGCGCUUGUCUAUAAAUUGUAGGAUUUAUUUUGGACAUAUGAAAUUUUCUGUUUUUAUUUAUCAGAUAAAAAAGGAUUUGUUCUAGGAGAAAAAUUGGUUCUUAGUUGUCUUCAACAUUUUGUGUGUGGAUCAAAGC